UGGCCUUCGCCUAUGCGAUAUAGACUUUUCUCCAUGUACGCAUUUGAUCGGAAAGAUGGAGGAAAUUGGCGAUUCACUUUCAGGAAAAAUUCUCAAAGUGACGACAAUUGAGGACAUGCCACUGAGUGGAACCGAGACCAUCAACGGCACCGUCCGGGGCGUGGGGAUGGUUUUCGAAAUGCUGGAACUUUUGGAGGAAACGCUCAAUUUUUCGCACAUCGUUGUCCCAAGCACCGAUCCAGUGGAGACCGUCUUUCAAGGGAAAGCGGAUUUUAUCUCUGCAUUUCUGCCCAUUCCGAGACAACCAGACGGACUCUCGUACUCAACACCCCUGUCCGUGGCCAAAUGGGUGCUUUUGAUGCCGCGUCCGAGCAAAUCGCUCUUCGGAUCUGGACUCCUCGCGCCAUUCACUUUAGAGGUGUGGAUGCUCACCCUUUCCACCCUGGUAAUUAUGGGUCCUCUGUUUUUCUCCAUAAUCAAACUGAGGCACAAAUUGGUGCGGCCCUCGGCAGCCAAAUCGCGACUGUACCGGCUCGGGGAGUGCGUCUGGUUCACAUACGGCGCAAUUAUGAAGCAAGGCUCGCCACUCGACCCGUCCGACGAUACGACCAGACUGCUAUUUGCCACAUGGUGGAUUUUCAUCACCAUUCUCACGUCGUACUACACGGCCAACCUGACGGCGUUUCUAACCCUUUCGCGAUUCACGCUUCCCAUAUCGCACCCGGAGGAGUUGGCAGAAAAGAGUAUCAAGUGGUUUGGAAAAAGCGACGGUGCCCUCGAGCAGGCGAUCACAGGAGAAGACGAUGAAAUGUCGUAUUUGAAGGAUUCGCUUGAAAAUGGUCAUGGUCAGCUGCUGGAAUGCAGCAACCAACAAAUAAUUGACCUGGUCUUGCAAGAUCACGUCUAUCUGGGCGAGCUGAGAAAGAUUCAAGCCCUGGUUUUUGAAAGCUACAAAGAGAAUUUUGAUAAAUAUGAGGAUGCAGUAAGUCGGUGCCAAAUGGUCAGCACGACAGAGCCAUUUCUCUCGAGACCGACCGCUUUAGCAUUUCAAGAAAACAGCUCGCUCCCUCAAAUUUUUAAUCCAGUGUUAAGGAGCAUGGUGGAAAGUGGUGUCGUUCGCCACAUUUUGAACUCGAAAAAGCCCGACAGUGAGGUUUGUCCGCUGCACUUGGGCAACUCGGAAAAGCAGCUGAAACUCUCCGACUUCACAAGUACCUGCCUGGCCGUUGUCUUCGGCUUUUCCCUUGCACUUCUAGCUUUCCUGUUCGAAAAAAUGCUGAGCAAGUUUUUCGAAUGGAAAAGCAAAACGAAAGUUGCGAGCAACACGUCCCGCAAGGUGUUCUACCCGAAAGAGUUUUUGCAGAUAAAACAAUCAAACACCCCUGCCUGCAUCGAUCCCAAAUUGUUCAUUAUCCACAAAGCUGUCGGCAAAUCCAGGUUUCAGAUCAAACAGUCUUUGGCAGUGCAGUUCCAAUAUUUGGAAUAGUAUAUUAUGUGAAUUUUAAUUGUUUAAUU